CAUUUUAGUUUCGACAUCGCUAUUGGCAUCCUCGCCGGUCAAUUAUUCUAAUCUUCACCCAGAAGUUCGUGUAAUUAAGUUGAUAUUCGACUAAACUGUGAAAAUAAUUAAUUACUUCGAUCAAACGAAUAAUCCAUCAUUCGUAGAUAUGAGCACCGACAGUAUUGAGAAGUUGUACAAACAUUUUGGCAUUCUAGCUGACGCCAAAGACAAACUCUCCGAGCAUGAGAAGGAGUAUUUGGAGAUUUUGAAGGCAGUCAAGGGAAGCCCCAAAGAAAAACGUCUGGCGUCGCAGUUCAUUGCUAGAUUCUUUAAAUAUUUUCCAAAACUUGCUGAUAAAGCCAUUGAGGCACACUUGGAUCUGUGCGAGGAUGAGGAUAUCGCUAUUCGAAAACAAGCAAUCAAGGAUUUACCUGCCCUCUGCAAGGAUAAUAAGGAGCAUACACCAAGAAUUGCGGAUAUUUUGGCGCAGUUACUACAGGCUGAGGACUCUACGGAGCUCGCAGUCGUAGACAAUAGCAUCAUGUCACUUUUGAAAAAUGAUCCCAAAGGAACACUCAAUGGAUUUUUCAGUCAUAUUCUGAACGACGACGGUGAACGGGAUGGUGAACGUGAAUCUUGUAUCAAAUUCUUGGCCUCAAAAUUGAAAUCUUUAGGACGUGACAUUAUUACGAAGGAAUCUGAGGAUUUGCUCAUUGCUGAGUGUAAAAAAAUACUCAACGAUGUGACAGCCAGUGAAUUCCAUGGGAUUAUGGAUGUACUCAGUUGGACAAGAUUGGGAUCCACAGUUAUUGGACAGCAGGAGCUCGUGGACAUCACCAUUGAGCAAGCAGAAUUGUCAGUGCCCUUCAAGCAUAGUAGUGUUGAGCAGCUGGACAGAUUGAUACAAUGUAUAAAGCACGCACUUCCUCACUUUAGUGCUCAAAUCGAUUCUUCGAAGUACGUAUCCUACAUCUGUAUGCAAGUUCUACCACAUCUGUCAUUGAUAUCCGCGCCUGAUGGUCGCGAUGCUCAGCUAAUUAUUCUGAAACUGCUAGCUGAGUUGAUGACAUUCUGUGGAAAUAUUGAGAAACCAGAGGAGAAAGUCCAGCAAUUGUACAACGCAUUGAUUGUCUACAUGCCACUUCCACCAGAUACCGACAUCACAGAAGUACCAAAAUUGGAGUUCAGCCACGUUGAAUGCCUCAUGUAUUCCUUCCACAAAUUGUGCAAACAGAUUCCCGAAUUUUUGAUCAAGGACCCAGAGCAACUGAAAGAAUUCAGAUUGAGACUACAGUAUUUUGCGAGAGGAAUCCAAGGUUACAUUAAGAAACUGCGAGAAGCUAUCAGUGGAAAAUCAGAGGAGGACCUGAAAACCGAGGAGAAUCAAUUGAAAGUCGUUGCCCUCAAGACAACCAACAAUAUUAAUACACUCAUCAAGGACUUGUUCCACUCGCCACCGAGUUUCAAGAGCGUUAUUCAUCUUUCGUGGAAAACUCCCGUGGUUGAUACUAAGAAAGUGGAGAAAAAUUCAUCCCAGAAAAGACACACGCCAAUCACAUUCGGAAAUGAUGGAAGUCCAACGAAACGGAAUAAGGAAGAUAAGCAGGGUGGUAAGAGGGAAAUUUACACACCGCCAAGUGGAAAAUACAGUGGGAAUAUUUCAUCGGGAAAUUAUGGAAAUCGAGGAAGAUUCAGAGGAAAUCGUUCUGGUGGACGUGGGGGAUUUCGACCACGAGGUCGUGGUGGAUGGCGAAAAAAUUCAUACUAGUGAAUUUAGCCAUUAGUCAUUCCCCAAAAGACAAAUCACAAUGGCAAAAUUUGAAAAUGUGGACGGUUGUGUGAAAAUUCGUGUGGCUGCGUCGAGAACAGUUUUACAAAGGAGAAAAAAAAAUCAAGUGACGCUGCUCAAAGAUUCUCCUGAAUUGCAAGACGAAUGAGAGGACGUUUAUUAUUAUUUUUCCAUUUGUUUUUUGUUCGUGUGAGAAUUCCGCGAGUGAUGAUUAUUUUUGUUAAAUAUUCACGAGGACUUUAAACUGAUAACUGAAUCAA